AUGUCUGUUAUUGAACCAGAAAUUGAGGAAAGAGAAAUAGAAGACAAGUUUGUGAAGCAUUCCAAGGAUGCAGAUGAGGAGCAAUUAGCUAAAACUGCAAUGGUGGAGCAGGAUCAUGCAGAGCAGAAAGAGAAGAGUUCUUCGAAAAAACAGAAAUCCCACAAAUCCAGAGAUGUUGCCAAUAAGAAAGUCAAAGGAGAAAUGUGGAUGAUUGAGCUUCGCUGCGAAAAGUCGUGGGAGAAAAAGAAAAACCAGAAGUCUUUCUUUGUUGAGGCCCAUGUAGGGAGGUUUGCUGGAGAAUAUAAGUGGAUUCUAUUUAUCCAACUCUUUCAGAAAGCAGCAACUCUGCUUACUAAAUUUAUGCUUAAAGUCACUAUCUGA